AUGAAUUCAGACAAUCAUCCCAACUUUAACCCAAAACAAAAGAAGCAAUCAAAUACUAGCCCUGCCCUUAGUACAGCUCCAGUAGGGGCAGACUUGCAAAAGGACGCUGAUCCUAAUGCAAGCGCUUACUUGUCUCCCUCUUAUAACCACCGGGCUAGCUGCCAUGGUGGGUGUUUUUAUAGCCAAACUGAAGCAAUAACAACUGAAGAAUUAGACGAAAAGGGAAACAAGGUCAUCCGCACGGUGUAUAAGCCCGUCAUGACCACGGGAGAUAAGAUUGGGUUGGCGAUUGGUAUUGUCACUAUAAUAAUUGUUGUGAUUGUGUUGAUAGCUUGCAGUAUCAAAGGUAAAAUGCCAACACGUUAUUAA